AUGAAUCGAUAUACUACCAUGAGACAACUGGGGGAUGGCACCUAUGGGAGCGUGCUAAUGGGCAAAAGCAACGAAUCUGGGGAGCUGGUGGCUAUCAAGAGGAUGAAGAGAAAGUUCUAUUCUUGGGAUGAAUGUAUGAACCUGAGAGAAGUUAAGUCUCUGAAGAAACUUAAUCAUGCCAAUGUGAUUAAAUUGAAAGAAGUUAUCAGAGAAAAUGACCAUCUUUAUUUUAUAUUUGAAUAUAUGAAAGAAAACCUCUAUCAAUUAAUGAAAGACAGAAACAAAUUAUUCCCUGAGUCAGUCAUCAGGAACAUUAUGUAUCAAAUAUUGCAAGGACUAGCGUUUAUCCAUAAACAUGGUUUUUUUCACAGGGACAUGAAACCAGAAAACUUGCUCUGCAUGGGUCCAGAGCUUGUGAAAAUCGCUGAUUUUGGACUUGCAAGAGAAUUAAGAUCACAGCCACCAUAUACUGAUUACGUAUCUACCAGAUGGUACCGUGCUCCUGAAGUCUUGCUACGGUCUUCAGUGUACAGCUCCCCCAUCGACGUGUGGGCCGUGGGAAGCAUAAUGGCCGAACUGUAUACAUUACGACCUCUGUUCCCAGGGACAAGUGAGGUUGAUGAAAUCUUUAAAAUUUGCCAAGUUUUAGGGACUCCUAAGAAAAGCGACUGGCCAGAAGGGUACCAGCUGGCAUCCUCCAUGAACUUCCGCUUUCCCCAGUGUGCACCCAUCAACCUGAAGACCCUCAUUCCCAAUGCCAGUAAUGAAGCCAUUCAGCUGAUGACGGAAAUGUUGAACUGGGAUCCAAAGAAGCGGCCGACGGCAAGCCAGGCACUGAAGCACCCAUACUUUCAAGUCGGUCAGGUGCUAGGCCCCUCCUCUCAUCACCUGGAAUCCAGGCAGCCGUUAAGCAAGCAGCUGCAGCCAUUGGAAACCAAGCCAUCUCCAGCAGAAGUAGAGCCUAAGCCUCGGCCAGGUGUAGCUGAGCCCACUGUCGGGCAGCCUCAACCAAAACACAGCCACCAGCCCCUGCAGGCCAUCCAGCCGCCACAGAACACAGGGGUCCAGCAGCCCCCGAAGCAGCCCAGCCAGCAGAAACCACCACUGACACUGUUUCCAAGUAUCAUCCAAAAUGUGGCGGCGAAGCCACUGGGCACGCUGGGUCAUAAAAAUGGCAGGCGGCGCUGGGGCCAGACGGUCCUUAAGUCUGGCGAUAGCUGGGAAGACCUGGAGGACUGGGACUACGGAGCCUCCCAUUCCAAAAAACCAAGCAUGACCGUUCUCAAGGAAAAGAGGAGGAAAGAUUCUCCAUUUCGGCUUCCAGAGUCUGUACCCUCAGGCUCCAGCUACUUGUCUGGGGAAUACAAGAGCAAACCUUCUGCUAUUGCCCUAACAUCAGAUGCUGAAUUGUCAACUGCUUCUACAGCGAAACAGUACUAUUUGAAGCAAUCAAGAUACCUUCCAGGUGUAAAUCCCAAGAACAUGUCCUUCUUAGCCAGUGGAAAGGAUCUGAACACAUACGCUUGGAACAAUCCAUUAUUCCCUAAGACCCUGGGGCCCUCGGGGACAGGACUCGCCUUCAAAAGGAGUAAUGCAGAAGAAAGCAUAAUUAAACCAAUUGAAAAACUCUCAUGCAAUGAAAGUUUUCCUGAAAAGUUAGAGGACCCACAAGGAUAUCUUGGAAGUUACACUACUUACAAACAGUCAGCAUAUACGCCUUCCUUUCUCAAAAAAGAAGUGGGCUCAGCCGGCCAGAGGAUCCACUUAGCACCUCUGGGUGCAACGGCUUCAGAAUAUACCUGGAACACAAAACCUGGUCGAAGCCAGUUUUCAGGAGCCACUUACAAUCCUCCAGCAAAAAACCUAAACCUGGUGAGCCGCACGCAGCCUGUGCCCUCGGUGCACGGGAGGACAGACUGGGUGGCCAAGUACGGAGGCCACCGCUAG